GGGGACGGUCGCGGGGUGCGAUGAGGUAGCGGGAGGGGCAUCGGCGGCGAAGCAGGGAGCACAGCGGGCGCGGGCAGUCUCCGGAGAGCAAGGCCCGGCCUUUCAGAAGGCUCCUGGGGAGAGAAGACGAAACGGAAGUCCCGAGGGGCAUUCCCCAUCCCGUCCCCAAACGGGGUCCGGGGUGCACUUGCACGGGGCCGAGGCUAAGGUGAAGGCACCCCGCACACUUUCCCAACCAGGCCCGGAGAUGCCCGUCCUUGCAAGGUAGAAACUUAAGCGGGAACCUUCCUCCCUAAAGGCUCGUGGUGGACCAGCUGUUUGACCCAUUCAAGUGGAAGGAUGAAAUCUCUACACAGGAACACGAUCUGAAUGGAAGACACCUGCCAUCAUGCAAACAGUAUGGCACUCUGAACAGACACUAAGAACAGCUCUCAUCUCAAAGAACCCAGCCCUCGUGUCACAGUAUGAGAAGCUAAAUGCUGGGGAACAGCGUUUGAUGAACGAAGCCUUCCAGCCAAACAGUGAUCUCUUUGGACCCAUUACCCUGCAUUCGAAAUCUGACUGGAUCACCUCCCAUCCCGAGGCUCCCCAAGACUUUGAACAGUUUUUCAGCGAUCCUUACAGAAAGGCACCCUCUCCGGAGAAACGCAAUAUUUAUAUACAGUGCAUUGGAGCUCUGGGAAACACCAGAAUUAUCAGUGAAGAAUAUAUUAAGUGGCUCAAGGGCUACUGUGAGGCAUUUUUCUAUGGCUUGACAGUAAAACUCCUGGAACCAGUUGCUGUCUCUGCAACCAGGUGUGCCUUCAGAGUCAAUGAUAGCACACAAAACCUACAAAUUCAUGCAGGGCACAUCCUGAAGUUCUUAAAAAAGAAGAAACCUGGAGAUGCCUUCUGUAUUGUAGGAAUAACAAUGAUUGAUCUUUACCCAAGAGACUCCUGGAAUUUUGUCUUUGGACAGGCUUCUUUGACAGAUGGUGUGGGAAUAUUCAGCUUUGCCAGGUACGGCAGUGGGUUUUACAGCUCCCGCAGUGAAGGCAAAGUGAAGAAACUGCAGAAGAUACCCUCCCAUGACUACUCCGUUUUCGAUAACUAUUACACUCCUGAGGCGACUGGUGUUCUGCUGCUUCGGUCCUGUAAGACUUUAACCCAUGAGAUUGGACACAUAUUUGGACUCAGACACUGCCAGUGGCUCUCAUGCCUAAUGCAAGGCUCUAAUCACUUGGAAGAAGCCGACCGGCGCCCCCUGAACCUUUGCCCUAUCUGUUUACGCAAGUUGCAGUGUGCUGUUGGCUUCAACAUUAUAGAAAGAUAUGAGGCGCUGGUGAGGUGGGUUGAUGAAGAGACUGCUGACGCAGCCGGAGUUGCCCUGAAACACAGACGUGAGGAUAGUGGGAAUCUGCCCAAACCCAUGGAAGCCUUUAAGGAAUGGAGAGAGUGGAUAAUAAGAUGCCUUGCUGUGCUCCAAAAAUAGGGACCUUCGAACAGGAGUAAUUGAAAUAAAUACUUGGUACAUUCAUUAGAAUAAAGUGUUUACUGAUUCUGUGCUGCUUCAGUAACAGGAUAGAACCUUCUUUAAAGCACCUAAACCUUGAACUGAAGCUCAUGUUGAACAAUAAAAACUCUGUAUUAAACUCUC